AUGCCUGGAAACGACAAAUCUAUCCUUGUCCUUAUUUCUGGCAAUGGAACAAAUCUUCAAGCACUAAUUGAUAACUGCAAGUCAGGAAAAAUUCCUGGAAAGAUAACACAUGUGAUAUCAUCUUCAGCGAAAGCAUACGGCCUUGAAAGGGCAUCCAAGGCAAAUAUUCCAACAACUGUGCAUAGAUUAUAUACAUACUACAAGGGGAUUUCGAAGGAAGAUAAGGAGAACAGAAUUAAAGCAAGAGCAAAGUUUGACCGGGAUCUUGCUACAUUAAUAUUGGACAAGCUUGGAAAGCCCGAUUUAAUUGUCUGUGCGGGAUGGAUGCUUAUUUUAUCGAGUGAAUUCUUGAAGCCUAUGGAGGCAGCAAAUGUUCCAAUUAUUAAUCUUCAUCCAGCACUUCCAGGAGCGUUUGAAGGAACUCAUGCCAUAGAAAGAUCCUGGGAUGCAGGCCAAAAGGGUUUAGUUAAUAAGGGUGGUUGUAUGAUACACUAUGUUAUUGAACAAGUGGAUAGAGGUCAACCUUUAAUAGUAAAGGAAAUACCUGUAAUUAAGGGGGAGACAGUGGAAGAUUUUGAGGCUAGAAUACAUGCCCAGGAGCAUGUUGCUAUUGUGGAGGGAACUAUAAAGGUGCUAAAAGGAUUGGAUGCCUCCAGAAAUUAG